AUGGCGCUGCCCGAGACCUAUGGUUCAAGGGGGUUCAUCGAGCUAGGCGUGAUUGUGCCGAUAAUGCUCAAGAGGACGAGGAAGAUGACGAGUUGCAAAGCGUGCCUGAAUUUAACAACAAAGCGGAACUUGUUUGUGCGGUUGGUGCCCUGCCGCUGUUUGCGUGGAGAAGAAGAAACUGUCACUGCACUUGAUUAUUCUCACUGCAGCCUGGAGCAGGUGCCUAAGGAGAUUUUUACUUUCGAAAAGACAUUGGAAGAACUCUAUUUAGAUGCAAAUCAAAUUGAAGAGCUUCCAAAGCAACUUUUUAACUGUCAGUCUCUGCACAAGUUGAGCUUGCCGGACAAUGAUCUAACAACAUUGCCUGCAUCCAUAGCAAAUCUCAUAAACCUCAGGGAACUGGAUGUCAGCAAGAAUGCUUUAGAAAUGAAUAGUGUGAAUGUGGGUAACUGUCCACCUGGGAAAGGGACAGGAAGAGGUGGUGGUGCUGGCAAUGUUCAUAGUAAUGCUGCUAUUUUAAGGUUUAUGAGUUUUGAGGAAUGUGCUAAGAUAUGCCAGCUAGGCUUAUGA